UCAAAAGAGUUCAAUCGGGUUGCAAAUGAGGAGAGAUAUAAAGUAGCAGGUCUCAGCCAUGAGUUAAUAUUCCACUUUCAUUGUAGGUUAUAACCAUCUCAUGAAAAGAUGAAGUGAAUUCUCGUGUACAUUUAUGUAUUCAGUUGCUUAUUUCAAUUUAUGGAGAUCACUUGCACGGCACUAGUUUUUUCUUCUUUUUUUGCCACAAUUACAGAAAUAUUAAACUAUUGUUUUUCAAUCCUCUUCUUCAUUUGUCUAUAAACAACAGUAGUAGGUAAAGCUUAUUGUUCUGUCGUAGAGAUGUACCGUCUUUUAACAAAUACCAGCGUUAUUGCAAGUUGAAUUUUGGUUGUUUUCUUAUUCACCUUUUGUUCUAAAUCCACAUUGAUUCAGUGUUGUAUUGUUAGAUAGAUAACAAGAAUCCAACGAUUGACCAUUGUGGCAAAUGACUAGAGUCGUGAGUUGAGUUCUGUGAUAUAUCAAUGCCCAAUUGAGAGAUUUUUUACAAGAGAAAGCAUUCUAAAAGCAAAUGCACUAGGAUGAAUAUCACACAAUCAUGAAAGACAGUUUAGAUUUUGGUAGUUUGAAGAUGAAUAUGAUCCCUUAAUAAUCUCCAAACGUGCAAGACAACAUAUGGUUUCUUCUACUUGUCUGCAACUGAUGAGCUACAAAACUGACGAGGCUGACUGAGUCAAAAAAUUGUAGCAAACCGUCGCCUCCCACUAUCUCCACAUUGUCCACCUCCAACUCUCUCUCUCUCUCUCUCUCUCUGCAGUAACCGACUCUCUUUCUCACAUUCACAUAGUUCUGUUUAAAGUUCACCAACUUCAUCAUUGUUCAUUUUGGAGACAAACCCAACGAAGUUGAAUAUAUAGCCACAGAAAAGAAGUAGUUCCGUCUUUGCAGAGUUGCCCAGAAUGGCUGCUUCAACUCUUUUUUUGAUGAUGACCAUGUUCGUCUUUUGUGCUCUUCAGUGUUCCACGGUUAUGGGGUUCGACUACCAAGUUGGAGGAGCUGAGGGCUGGGUCGUACCUCCUGCGAAUGACAGCAAGGUCUACAAUGACUGGGCAUCCGAGAACCGGUUCCGACCGGGCGACACCCUCCGCUUUAAGUACAAGAAGGAUUCAGUGAUGGAAGUGAGCGAAGCCGAGUACAAGAAGUGCAACUCCACCCGUCCGAGCUUCUUCUCCAACACCGGUAACACGGUCUAUGCUCUUGACCACUCGGGGCCUUUCUACUUCAUCAGCGGAGUCUCUGGCCACUGCCAGAGAGGACAGCGCAUGAUCGUGAAGGUGUUGUCUUCCGAGGAGUCCGAGGCAAGCAGCGGAAGUAGAAGUUCAUCAUCCUCCUCUUCUUCUUCUGCUUCCUAUGCUGCUGAUUUCUCCAAGCUCGGGUUCAUUCUGUUUGUUCUGUCGUGUCACUUCCCGUCUGUUCUAGUUUCCGUUGUCAAUGUCGUGUGCCGAGUUUAGGUGCUACUUCAUGUGUUCCGUGUCUUUCUAGUCUUCAGUUUGUCCAUUUUGUUUAUUCGUAGGUCUGUUUCAGCUGUUACAAUUUGUUUCAGAUUGUUCUGUUACGUACUGCUUGAAACUUUAUGAUAAUAGUGUUGUUCCAA